AUGACAUCAUUAGUUAUUGUUGGUAUUGAUCUUGGAACAACUACAAUUGAGUGUGCAUAUUAUAAUACAAAAAAAAAUGAAUGUGAAUUAGUGAGAUUAAACGAAGAAGAAAGAAUGCAAUCAAUUAUUUAUUUUCAUGAUGGAGUGAUUCUAAAAGAUAACAUUAUUCCAGAUGAUAAAACUCAAAAAAUAUCAAACACUAAAAGAUUAAUUGGUCGUCCUUUUCAACCUUCUUUAGUAAAACAAGAAAAAAGAAUGAUUAAUUAUGAUAUUGUUAAAGAUCCAGAAAAUGGACUUUGUAGAAUCAAAUAUUAUAAUGAAAAAACAAUUUCACCAACAGAAGUUGCAUCUAUUUUAUAUAGUAGAGUAAGAAAAAGUAUUAUUAAUAAAUUUAAUUCAAAAAAUAUUAAAUGUAUUUUAACUGUUCCAGCACAAUUUAAUGAUGAACAACGAAAUCAAACAAAAAAAGCAGCAUUAUCAGCAAAAUUAGAUGUUAUUGAUAUUUUAAAUGAACCAACUGCAGCAGCAUAUCAUUGUAGUAGAACACAAAAUUAUAACGAUGGAGAUAAAAUCCUUAUAUUUGAUUUUGGAGCAGGUACACUUGAUGUUUCUAUUGUUGAAAUGAAAAAUGGAAAUUUAAAAGUUAUUGGAUCAGAGGGAAAUAAUUAUCUUGGUGGAAAAGACAUUGAUAUGAAUAUUAAAUAUUUUCUUCAAGAAGAGUGUAAGAAAAAAGAAUAUACUGAAUACUUAAAUAAUUUAACUGAAGAUGAAAUUAUGGAAUUAUGUGAAAAUGCUAAAAUUGAAUUAUCAUCAAAAGAAGAAACAGAUAUAAUAUUAAAAAAAUUUGAAGAAGAUGAUGACGAUAACUAUGGUUAUGAUGAAGAAGAUAUUAAAAUUACAAUUACAAAAGAAGACUUUGAAACAAUCAAUGAAAGUAUUAAAAACAAGUGUACAGAAGUUAUCAAUAAUAUUUUAGGUCAUUGUAAUUGUACUCGAUACGAUCUUAAGGAUGUUAUUCUUGUUGGAGGUUCUACUUUUAUUCCAUUUAUUCAAAAACUUGUAGAAAGUUAUUGUGUCAAUACAAAAUUUAAAAGAAAAGCUAGUGCACAGAAAGUUGUUUCAUUUGGAGCUGCAUUAUAUGCAUAUCAACGAAUUUCUGGAGCAUUUCCAGUUCAAGACAUUUGUUCAUAUUAUUACGGAACAUCAAUUUAUGGAACAAAAUUUCAUUCUUUAGUAGCUAAAGGAACAACACUUCCUGCAGAAGGAUCUUCAUGUUAUAAAACAGUUGAAGAUUAUCAAACAAAAUGUAAAUUUGAUUUACUUCAAACAAGUGAUCCAAAAUCUGAAACAGACAACUGUACUAAUCUAGGAGUAUUUGUAAUACCUAAUUUACCGAAAAGAAAAGAAGGAGAAGUUAAAUUUCGAGUAACUUGUCGAGUUGAAUUAGAUGGACGAGUUGGAUUAAAAGCAGAAAUAAUUGAACCAUUAGAUUGUAAAGAAAGAGGACAUAUACGAGAAAUUAAAUGUCUAACAUAUGACAAUAAUUCUGAUGAUAUAAAGAGAAUUCGAUCAAACAUUGCAUCUAUAACAGAAGUUAAAGAAAGAAAAAAAGAAAUGUUACAAGAAUUAAAAGAACAACAAAAAAGAUUAAAUGAUAUUACAAAAAUUCUUAGUGUUAAAUUUCCUGAAGAAUAUGCAAAAUAUUCUAAUGGAAUAACUGAAAUUUUAAAUUAUAAAAGUGAUAAAUUAGAGACUAUUAAAAAGAAUAUUGAAUUCUUUUCAAAUCUUAUUAAAAAACUUAAACAAGAAAAUCAACAAGUUGUUAAUAUAGAAGAAAAUCAACAAGUUGUUGAUAUAGAAGAAAAUCAACAAGUUGUUGAUAUAGAAGAAUUACUCAAAAAAUUUAAUAAUAAACCACUUAAAUUAAAACUUAAAAAAAUGUUUUUAGACUUACAGAACAUCAAUUCAAUAGAUUCACUUAAAAUUAAACAAGAAUUAAUAGAAAAAAUUAACAAUCUAACACCAGAUAGUAAAAUUUCAGAAUUUACAGAAAUACAUAAUUUUACAGAUAGAAUUGAUAAAUUACAAUCACAAAUGAUUGAUUAA